UCGAUUUCGUCGUGCGGUGGCCAUCAUGGCAAGUCAAUUCGUCCGCUCGUCCAAGUACCGCCAUGUGUAUAUCGAGCCUGCAAAGAUCGAGAAGUGCUACACAAACUUGCGCUUGGCGACUGCUACAGGGGAACAGAACUACAUCAAAGCGAACACCAAAUUCUUUGCCGUUGCGAUCCAAGCGGGGGGUGGCGCGUUUGCAGUUGUCCCGUAUGACAAGGUGGGGAAAUUCGACUCGGACUUUCCCCUUGUGGGCGGUCACCGUGGCGCGAUCAUGGACUUUGAUUUCAACCCGUUCCAUGAACAUUUGAUUGCGUCGGCGUCCGACGACACGACCAUCAAGGUGUGGGGUAUUCCCGAAGGCGGGUUGUCUGAAACCAUGACCGAACCCCUCGUUGACUUGACCGGCCACGGCCGCAAAGUUACACUGUUGGGAUUCCACCCCACCGCCGCAAACGUGCUGGCGUCCACUUCUGCCGAUUACACAGUCCGAUUGUGGGAUAUCGAGAAGGGCAGUGAAAUUGUGAACAUGGAGCACAACACAGAAAACCUGCUGCAAGAUUUGGCAUGGAACUACACUGGGUCCACCCUCAUCACGUCCAGCAAGGACAAGCUCGUGCGCAUGUACGAUGCGCGGUCUGGUGGGUUGUCCGGGUCUGUCCAAGCGCACGAAGGCAGCAAGAGUGUCAAGCUGUCCUUCCUGGGCGAAAAGAACUUGUUCGUCACGCUCGGGUUCUCCCGUCAGUCCCAGCGCCGCAUGAAGGUAUGGGAUCCCCGAAAGCUCGACAAGGAACUGCACAAGGUCGACAUUGAUCAAGCUGCCGGUGUCAUCAUGCCGUUCUACGACUCCGACACCAACUUGCUCUACUUGUGCGGCAAGGGCGACGGUAACAUCCGAUACUACGAAAUGAACGACUCGGAGCCAUAUGCGUACCCGCUCACCGAGUACCGCUCGACGACAGCUGCUCGCGGGAUGGCCUUUGUCCCCAAGCGCGCUUGCGACAUCAUGUCGUGCGAAACGGCGCGCCUUCUCAAGCUCACGACCAAUGCCGUCGAGCCGCUCCAUGUCUAUGUGCCUCGCAAGUCGGACGCGUUCCAAGACGACAUCUUCCCGGACACCUUCGCUGGUGUGCCAUCGCACACGGCCGACGAAUGGCUCGCCGGUUCGGAGAAGACUCCUGUCCUGUCGUCACUAAACCCUCGCAACUUCGGUGAAAUCACGUCGCGUGGCAAGACCGGCACCGCCGCACCCGUGACGGCGCGACCUGCUCGCGUCAACCGAACCGCUGCUGCCCCUGUGGCUCCCCCCGCCGCACCCGUUUCCGCAGCGCCAAGUGACUUGCAGCAACAAUUGAACUCUGCCAACGCCCACAUCCAAGCGCUUGAAGCCAAGGUCGCGGCGUUGGAAGCCAAGCUGGACGCGGCAGGCAUCGCGCAUUAAGAGCCCAGAAACAACUAAGUCAGUAGAAGAACGUGAAUCAUGCAA